ACAAAUCCUUUUUCAUCCCAGGCGAAUUUAUCUCCUUGCGGGCCUGGAUCCCUGUCGCCGAGCACCCUGCAACAGGAGCAGAGGAUGCUCGUUGGGGAUAUUACCAGCUUAUCUCACAGCAGACAGGAUCACACAGAUCCUGCAGCCGAUGCUUCGCUGCCUCCCAGUCCCGACAGUGGCCUGGAUAGUGAACUGGAUUCCAGCUCCACAGAGGAUGUCAAGCACAAGCAACAAGGUACACUUAAUGUCAAGGGUUCGAGUCCUUAUGUCCCUUCAUUCCGCCAGCCUCCGCCAGCUCAUCAGCCACUACUAGCACAUUUCAACACUGGCUCACAUAUCGUACGAACAGGUAUCAGCAGCAACAACCACAUCAGCAGCAUUUCUCCAAGUUCAUCAUCAUCCUCCUUCAGUCACCCACCUACCACUUAUGAAGAUAAAUCAAAGGCUAAAAAAGGUCGGAAACCCAAAUACUCUGACUACCCUUAUACUUCCCCACCAAAGAGGAAACGAGAAGGCAAUGCACAGUAUCUCUGGGAGUUUUUGCUUCAGCUGCUGCAGAAUCAGGAGACCUGCCCCCACUACAUCAAGUGGACCAACAGGGAGAAAGGCAUCUUCAAGCUGGUUGACUCCAAGGCCGUGUCUCGGCUGUGGGGGCAGCACAAAAACAAACCUGACAUGAAUUACGAGACGAUGGGCCGAGCUUUGAGGUAUUAUUAUGCAAGGGGAAUCCUCAACAAAGUCGAUGGCCAGAGAUUAGUGUACCAGUUUGCUGAUGUGCCUAAGAACAUUGUAGAAAUUGACUGUUCAAACGUCUAG